AUGACGGACUACUGCCCUGUUUACGCGCCCUUUUUCGGUGCCAUGGGCUGCACCGCAGCUAUCGUCUUCACCUGCCUGGGUGCCUCGUACGGCACAGCCAAGUCCGGUGUUGGCAUCGCGGCUAUGGGUGUUCUGCGACCUGACCUUAUCGUCAAGAACAUCGUCCCCGUCAUUAUGGCUGGUAUCAUCGGUAUCUACGGCCUCGUCGUCUCCGUCUUGAUCUCGGAUAGUCUUUCACAAGACAACUACGCUCUCUACACGGGUUUCAUCCAGCUCGGCGCCGGUCUUGCCGUCGGUCUUGCGGGUAUGGCUGCUGGCUUUGCCAUUGGCAUUGUCGGUGACGCUGGUGUCCGCGGCACUGCGCAGCAACCGAGACUGUUCGUCGGCAUGAUUCUCAUUCUCAUUUUCGCCGAAGUUCUGGGUCUGUACGGUUUGAUCGUCGCUCUGCUCAUGAACUCCAAAGCGACGCUCAACACCUCGUGCUGA